AUGUCUUUGAGAGCUAUACUGAGGCUCCCGGGACUAUCCCGAGGCUUUGUCAGAAAUUACCAACUUAGUAGCACCACCAGAAAGACGAUUCCCGUGUAUCCUGCCGUGGAAGAACCAUGCAAACCAAACUUAUUGAAGAUACUCUCUGAAAAGGACAUGAACGAAAGUUUAGACCGCGAAAGUUGGAGACGGGAUUUAGUUUCAUCGCACAAUAAGGACCGUUUGCGUGCGGGUGACGUGGUUCGUGUGGCUUACAACUCGCAAAAGUGCAAAUACGAUAAUUUGAUGGGAUACGUGCUAUCGGUUGAUAGGAAGGAACUAACACAGGAUGCGUCGAUUUUACUGAGAAACCAGUAUUCCAAGACCUUUGUGGAAGUCCGUGUACCAAUUUUCUCCCCGCUGAUCGAACGAAUCGAUCUGAUCAGACGUGCAGAUGGUCGCAGACACAGAGGCAAACACUAUUACAUCAGAAACACCCGGUUGGACGUGAAAGACUUGGAAGCCGGUAUGCGUAAGAGGCGGUGA